AUGUUGUUGUUUGUUGCUUGGUUUGAAGUCUUUGUGGAGAAAGUUAUUAGAGUACAACCUAAUGUGAAUAAACUCUUCCUUCUUGUGAGAGAUGGGGAUGCCAAGUUGGCUGCAAAGCGCAUGCAAAAUAAGUGCAUGGAAUAUGCAGUUGUGACUUCUGAAGUAGGGCCGGGUCAUCCUGAAGCUGAAAAAAUUGCUAUGAAGGAAUUGGGAAUUCAAAGGGCUAGAAUGCAUGGCUGGCCAAAUACAUAUGUAUUUACAAAGGCCAUGGGAGAAAUGCUUCUAGGUCAUUUAAGAGGAGACAUGCCGCUUGUUAUUAUGCACCCAACCAUUAUAACAAGUGUCUACAAAGACUCACUACCAGGUUGGAUAGAAGGAGUUAGGAUAAUUGAUAGUGCAAUACGUGGUUAUGUAAAAGGAGAUAUUUCAUUCAUUUUAGGAGAUCCAGAAGUAGUUUCAGAUUUGAUUCCAGGAGACAUGGUGGUGAAUGCCAUGAUUUUAGCAAUAACAACACAUUCAACUCACCAUUCAGAAGUCAUAUAUCAUGGCUUGCGCUUGAUGAAUCUAGCCCUUUUUGGCCUGUUUACUCAACAAUACAACACAUAUUGGAGGGAAUAUAAGCGUGUGAUGCGCCUUGCUGAUUUCUAUGCACCAUAUGCAUUCUUUAAAGGAAGCUUUGAUGAUUCUAACUUAGAAUGUUUGAGAAAGGCAAUGGUGAAUAAUGAUGAGAUGAAGUUGUUUGAUUUUGAUCCCGUGAACAUUGAAUGGGAUGAUUACUUGAUUAACAUUCACAUUCCAGGUGUAAUCAAGUAUUUUCUUAAGUAG